UUUUUUGCUUUUCCGAGGAACACCUACGACUACGAACCUCCUGUCCUGUCCAUUCUGGCAUUCUCUUCUCCGCCACUAACAACGAACACCACCCCCCUGAGCCAAUAUCAAUACAAAAUAUCAUAGAAGAGACGGAGAAGGCGCCGAUUUCUCACCAUCCCUCCCUCUCUGUCACUGAUGACUGAACCAAAAGGAAACAACUGCAAAAAGAGUUAAAGACAACCAAAAGCGCUCGUCUUUAGUUUUUUUUUUUGUCUUCCGCGCAGCAGAAGUAGGUCUCCUUUACGAGUUCUAACAUCAAACCCAAAGAAAGAUUGGAAGGCGUUGUUGAUUCUGUUUCUUCGAUUCCUGUUAAAGAUACCUACUGCCGGUGUUGUACGCUGGAUUUGGUCCCUUUGUGUGACCUGAAAGGUGGAGCAAAAUGAGAACCGAGUGUCGUAAGAAUUACAAGUCUUCCUGGCCGAAAGUAGUUGUGAGGAAAUGGUUGAAUAUCAAGAGCAGAGGUGACGAGUUUCAUUCCGAUUAUGGAGGGGCCUGGGGCACGACCGACAGAAGGAGGAGCUGUUCAGACGAGGACCGAUAUGUUUUCCUGCCACAAGAGUUCGCAGGGUGGGUGAUGGAGGGUACUGAAAAUCUGAAACGGCCGAGAUUCGAGCAAGAAGCGCCAGCUGUUUCUACUACUGAUAUUCUAGACUUGAGGAUGUUUGUGGGCACUUGGAACGUAGGAGGAAGAUCACCUCACGACGGCUUGAACUUGAGGAAUUGGCUACGGACGCCUGAUCCCGCAGACAUUUAUGUUUUUGGGUUCCAGGAAAUCGUCCCUCUAAAUGCAGGGAAUGUCCUAGGCGUGGAGGACAACGGUCCCGCAUCUAAGUGGCUGUCCCUCAUUCGGCAAGCUUUGAACAGCAACGACAAAGAAGACCAGGAAUUUGGCCAAAACGUCAAAGUUGCCACCCCCGUCGAUGUGGACCAGCAGUACCCUCGACCUCAAAUGAACCAAAAAUCAAGAAUUAGUUUCUCGGAUCUACUAUCCAUGGAAGAUGAACUGGAUCAAGAGGAUUUUGAAAGAAUAUGCACUUCAUUCCGGGCUUCGAACGCGAGUGAGGAAGGAUUGGUCAGCCCACCAGAUUCAGCUUCAGCUUCAGCUUCAUCUUCAUCGAGAAGGCGUAGCAGUCCCAUUCGUGGUAGAUAUUGCUUGGCCGCGAGCAAGCAGAUGGUGGGCAUCUUCUUAAGCGUGUGGGUGCGCUCUGAUCUUAACCGGCAUAUUAGAAAUUUGAAGGUCUCCUGCGUUGGAAGAGGCCUCAUGGGAUAUCUUGGAAAUAAGGGCUCUAUAUCCAUAAGUAUGACUCUACACCAUACAACCUUGUGCUUUGUUUGCACGCACCUGACGUCGGGCGAGAAAGAAGGGGACGAGGUCCGCAGAAAUGCAGAUGUCAUGGAGAUAUUAAAGAAGACAAGAUUUCCUGAAUCUAGUCACCGUGGACGCCGAUUUUGCUAUCCUGAUAAUAUAUUGGACCAUGAUAAAAUUAUUUGGCUCGGUGAUUUAAAUUAUCGGCUCGCGGCUAGCUGCGCUGACAUGCACCAACUUUUGAAGAAUAACGAUUGGCAAGCAUUGCUUGAGAAAGACCAGCUGAGAAUAGAGCAAAGAGCAGGGCGAGUGUUCGCAGGUUGGGAAGAAGGGAAGAUAUAUUUCGCUCCCACCUACAAAUAUAUCGCCAAUUCCGACCAUUACGUUCUCCUGACGUCCAAAUCAAAACAAAAGCGGCGCACACCUGCUUGGUGCGACCGGAUUCUAUGGAAAGGGGAGGGACUGAAGCAGAUGUGGUACGUGAGAGGGGAAUCAAGGUUCUCGGAUCACCGUCCUGUCUAUUCUUUGUUCUCCCUACAACUCCACCGCCCCAACGUCACCAGCAAUCCAGCAGCUUCACUUUCGUCGUGCGUGGCCAGAGUCCAGGCCGAAGAACUUUUGCUUGUAACCAGGGCACGGAGCUGCAUAGAGACCGCCUCCAGGUUCUGAUCAUUUCCUCAUUUACAUAUCGAGAUUUCAAGAUAUCAGACCCAACACCAGAAGACAACAAUGAAAGCAUGGAGCUGACUUCCAAUUGUUCGUCUCCCAACCGUUUGGAAAGGGCAUGCUGGAUGAGAGAUGAUGGCGAUCGAUGUUUAAUGUUCGUUCGGAGGAUGAUAACUACGGCCAAGGCCGCCGGCGGAUUUGGAAGUCUUUCUAACUACUUUCAAGUUUCAAGUGGGGGAACAAGAAAAGCAAAAUAGGCGCAAGAGCAUGCGUCUUGCACUGCAGCAAAGCACGCGCGAUGCCUGAUGGACACGUGGAACGAACGAAAAGUGGUGUUCAUUUGUAAAUAUAUGAUUCAGUAGGUCCCUGCUAACAAAUGAUGCCGUGCGUGCUGGGCCUGGGCUUUAAGGCUUUUUCUUCCCCUAAACAAAGUCCUAGCGCUAUGCCAGCCUGAACCUGCAGCAGAUCAGAUGAUUGAGAACUGGGAAGGAAACAUUAGACAAUUUAAUGUCUGAACUUUUAUUUGGACUUUGCGUCACGCCCGCGCUGUUUCUAAACGUGCUGCGAAUUAAAGAAUCUGGAUUGGCUUUGAAUAGUGUGUUUAUUAAAAUGUAUACAGUAGGAGAAUGUUUCAGAUGGAGGAAAAAAACAAAUGUAUAGAGUAUCAAAUGACAAAGGUUUAUUAAAAUGGGGCUUUCAGCUUUGGGAGGGGGAACAAGAUUUGCAGGAACCAGGCAGCAGUGUAUACGGAAAUUUGAUUUAGGGUUGAUGAUCAUUUUGGUUAUUCAGGGGUCCUUUUUCUUUUUUCUCCACAUCUUAGUUUCAUUUUUUUUAUUGCAUAAUUGUUUGAAUCCUUUCCCGGUAUCAUGUGUUUCC